CCGGCCACUCCCUCUCCGGCCCAAACAGUUGUUUACAACGGAAUCCGGACGCUGGGCGUGCGUGGCCCCGAGUGCUGGAGAAAGGGUUUCUCGCCGGCGUUGGACAGAGCUCCUUGCUGUUGCUGAAAGACCCUUUCUCCUGGGGAGACUUGAGAGCAGUUUGGGCUCGGCGUGAGGCUCAGAUAGUGUUCACGGAAAGUGCAUGAACUUAAUUGAGAAUGUCUGAAAACCUUGACAAGUCCAAUAUAAAUGAAGCAGGAAAAUCAAAGUCAAGUGAUUCUGAGCGAGGCCUUGAAGAUGCUGUGGAAGGUUCUGAUGAAGCUUUACAGGAAACAAUAAAGUCGGGCUCUCCAAGCACCCAAAGAGUGCAAAGACCUCACUCUAGUCCUCCUCGAUUCGUGACAGUAGAAGAACUUCUAGAGACAGCGAAAGGAGUCACUAACAUGGCCCUAGCCCAUGAGAUUGUUAUAAAUGGAGACUUUCAGAUUAAACCAGUUGAAUUACCAGAAGACAGCUUGGAGAAGAGAGUAAAGGAUAUUGUCCAUAAAGCUUUUUGGGAUUGCUUGAGUGUCCAGCUAAGUGAAGUCCCCCCGACGUAUGACCGGGCCAUCAAGCUUGUUGGUGAGAUCAAAGAGACCCUCCUGUCUUUCUUGCUGCCUGGUCACACUAGACUGAGAAACCAGAUAACAGAAGUCUUGGAUCUGGAUCUGAUAAAGCAGGAGGCAGAGAAUGGGGCCCUGGACAUUUCUAAGCUGGCAGAAUUCAUUAUUGGCAUGAUGGGGACGCUGUGUGCACCUGUGCGCGAUGAGGAGGUGAAGAGACUGAAGGACGUUAAGGAAAUAGUGCCCCUUUUCAGGGCAAUUUUUUCAGUGUUGGACCUAAUGAAAGUGGACAUGGCGAACUUUGCUGUCAGUAGCAUUAGGCCACAUCUCAUGCAGCAAUCAGUUGAAUAUGAAAGGAAGCAGUUUCAGGAGUUCUUGGAGAAGCAGCCAAAUUCCCUGGACUUUGUCACCCAGUGGCUGCAAGAAGCCACAGAUGACCUUAUGAAUCAGAAGUAUAAAAAUGCCCUGCCGGCUGCGGGAGGGGCCGCUGGCUCUGGGGACGGUCCCCGGCUAGAUCCCAUGGCUGUCCAGAAUUACGCGUACCUGAAGCUUCUGAAGUGGGACCACCUCCACCGACCUUUCCCUGAAACAGUUUUGAUGGACCAUUCUCGCUUCCAAGAGUUCCAGCUCCAGCUGGAGCAGCUGACCGUCCUGGGGGCCGUGUUGCUGAUCACGUUCAGCAUGGCAGCCCCAGGGAUCGCCAGCCGGGCUGACUUCGCCGAGAAACUCAAGAUGAUUGUGAAGAUUCUGCUCACAGACACACAUCUGCCCUCCUUCCACCUGGAGGACGCCCUGACUGCCGUCGGGGAGAAGGUCUGCCUGGAGGUGAGCAGCUGCCUUUCCCUGUGUGGCCUCAGCCCCCUCACCACGGACAAGGAGGCCGUGCUCAAGGGUCAGAUCCAGGCCGUGGCCAGCCCCGACAACCCCAUCCGCAGGAUCGUGGAUUCCCGAAUCCUGACCUUCUUAGACACCUACCUUGCCUCAAGUCAUCAGAAGCCAUCGCCCAUAGCCCCUGGGGGAUUGGGUCCGAUUCAAAAAGAGCUAGAGGCAGUUGCCGUUAAGUUUGUGCGCCUGGUCAACUAUAACAAGAUGGUAUUCAGUCCCUACUACGACGCAAUCCUCAGUAAGAUCCUCGCCAGAUCCUAACACAUAUGGUCCCUGUAGCGGCAGUAUUACUAGCUCGACCUGUUCUCAGCUGUAAUGUGGCUUUUUGGAAAAUGGCUAUUUAGUACUUUUCUGUUUAAUAGCACUGAUUCCAAAAGGAAGAAUAUUGUGUAUCAAUGUUGAGAAGACCUGUUGGAAAAUGCACUGAAUUCUCUUUUGGGGUUUGUAUUUAUGAGUGCAAGUUUACACAUCAGAGAAGCUGUUUGUUGUCCUGAGUUUCACAGGUGGCACUCAGCUUCUAGGAGGACUGUCCUGUGUCUCCACCCCAGUGUAUCAUGGUGGUAGCUGCCUGUCUCUGCCUGGAGCCUGGGACCACUCUCCUGCCAUCUGGGUUGUUUUCCUUUCAGACCCCCGAGAGUAUCUGACAGCCACCCCAGAGUGAAAGCAGCCAAGCCAUGAUGCGUUCAGACCCGCCCCUCCUCCCUUCAGGUAUUUUAUGUUAGAAGAACUUUAUAAAUCUUACUGCCUCCUGUCUGCCCCCCGCCACCCCCAAUUAUUUACUGCUUUCUCCCCUCCUGGCCUGGCCAGAGCCCUAGAAUCCUUUCAUUCUAGAGGAGUUAUUAAUAUUUGAUUUCAAAAAGCUUCUUCUUUUAUACAAAAUUAAUUCUGAAACCUGAAUGAUAGUGUUUAUGGGAUGUAGAGAAAGGAAAAUUCUUUGAUUUUUAUGUCUUGAAAGUUGAGGAUUUUUUUUUUUAUGUUAGUGUAAUGUAAAAGAAGACAGAUAUCGCAAGUUUUUACUGAAAAGUUCACUCUGAUACAACCUUGAUGUAUUGACUGAAUUCGAAUUCCAGAAUUGAAUUUAACUGUUUUCAGAUAAAAUAGCAUAAGCUCACUUACUUCUCAGGUAAUGAAGUUAUAGGAAAUCUCUGGUUUUUGAGCAGUAUUUAUCUAGGAACUUGAGUGACCAGAGUUUCUGACAUAUCCUGUGGCUGAAAGGGUAGGUUGGGGUCUCAUAGAUGACUGUUCUAUUAAAAAAUAAAUGUGUAUCUUAGAUAGGGACGUUAUGUUAGAAACGGAACUGUGAAGUCAUUGGGGUGAUCUCCAGCUGCCAGAACCACAAGGGGUGGCGUCAUGCGAGGAACCCCUUCAUUCAAGCCCAUAAGGGCAAAGGUGGAGCUGGGGACAGGGUUGGGGAAACAUCCACUCUCUGGACCAUCUAGUGAUACAAGGUUCCAGAGGAGCUACUGGUUAUACUGGGAGGGAUGUGAUUUCUCCAUAUAUUUGCUUCAGACUGCACUCUAAUAUUUUUACUUGUAGUCAGAAAUGUAUGCUGGGUUCCAUGGUCAGAGGUCAUGUUAAUAAAGCUUAGGCCCAAGGCAUCCCUGGUUUCCUGGGAAGGGGUUAAAAGCUCAGUAAGUAGAACUUUUAAAGAACAAAACCACAUCUUCUGUAGCACCACCAGUGAGGUCACCUCUGGAAUUGUUCCUGGAGGUCAGGCUGCCGUGGCAGCUGCGCUCACUGGUCGCAGAGAAUGAGGUUCAGCGGGUGGGGGGGCUCUCUGGCUUGCCUCCGCCUCAGUGUUCAGGGGUUCUCCACCCCAUCCAAGGAUGUGGGAGGGGAGUGUAACCCCCACAGAUGCAGGGCGGGUCACCACCUCCUGUAGUCAUUUUCCCUUAAAUCUCCAGGGUUCUUCAUUCUGCUUUCUUUUGUAAGAAUUAACUCUUAGUAGAUUUUUUUCCCCCUCAUGGGUUCCUACAUGGAUAGAGUGACGUUUGGACAGUUUCAAAUCUUGAUGCCCAUGUAACAGGGAGCUUCACAGACUCCUGUGGCCCCCACUACCUCAGUGUCCCCUGGUGGAAUUCUACAAGAGCCAGAAUGAAGACGGUGAAGUUCAGAAUCUCGAUAUUCAUAUUGAAUCGUUUUGCUGUUGCUCUUUGAAGAUAAGUGAGCUAGUUUUUCUUCCUGGAAUCUCAUAGGAUUAUCAAAGGGCCAGGAAAAUUCAUUUAGUUAUUCAGUCACUCAGGAAAUGUUCACUGAGCAUCUACUUAGAACUCCCCACUACAGGGUAUUUUGUCUUGGAGACAAAAUACCUUUGGCAUAUAAAUUAUCCUUCAGAAUUUAACUGGUUUUAUAUAUAUACUACAUGCUGAUUGGAUUUGACAUGGUUUCCUGCCUAAAAGGGUUUGUGGAAAACAUAUUUUUUUAUUUGGCAAUAGUACUUCAUUACAAGUGGGUAGAACUGAGCGCCUUGAGAGCUGGGUUGAUAGCAGGUCAGUUUGACUUCUCUGAUAGUUUCCUAAAUGAAUGAGUCGGUGAGUGAAUAAAUGUCUAGAAGUCAGCUGUCAAUUGAUUAGGUGAAUAGUGGGUGGAGUCUCACGGUAUGUAUUUUUCUUUUUUUAAUCUCAUUAAUUCUGAAGCAAGCUGUAAAAUGUGAUUGUUCAUGUAACCCUAUAAAUAUACUUCAGGUAAGAGUUACACUGAUAUAUCUUACUGAUUAAUGCAGUGGACAGGUAUAUAGGAACUUUUUCUCUGUGAAGAAAAGUUAUUAAAAAGUUUGACCCAAUAGGCAUAUAAUGUGCACAUUACUGGCUGACAAUUCUGAAUAGCUUAUUUAGCAGUUCUGUGUUUGUGGCUUAUUUUAAUUUCUCCAAAGUCUUAAGAUUCCUGGGGAUAGAGCAGCCUGCUUUCCUGGUGAAUUUCAAGGGAGUGAAUAGGUGUUUGCUCUUUGAUUUCCAGUGAUCUUUUGACAUGCCCUGACUUGUGUGUAAAACAUUUGUAUUUCUUUUGAGGCAGAAUAGUAGAGUGGGAAGACUGAGAGCUGUCAAGAAGCCAGAGUUCUAAUCCCAUUUCUGUCAUGAUUAGCUGGAGCAAAUCAGGACCCAUUUUCAAUACCUAUAAAUUGAAAGGACUAGAAAAGGGCCUUUCAAUUCUGACAUUCUGGGAUAAAUUUGACUGGAAUAACUGAAGUAGACUGCGGUCGGAUUGUGCAGAAAGAUCCUGCCUUAGAGGAAGAUCUGGGUUGAGUCUUUCCUCUGUUGCCUUCUUGCAAGAUUAUGUGAUACUGGGCCAUUCUUCCUGAGGCUCUGUGAAACAAGAAUACUAACUCACACUUCCUGUGAGGAUUAAAUUUGAUAAUGGUUUUUGGAAUGCUUUGUACACGCAAAAGAACUAUAAAUGGCUUUAUUAGCAACAAAGGAGAGUAUUGUAACCUUUUGCCUGUAGGUGAUGACAGAUUCGACCGCGGGUGCCCUUUCCUUCAGUCAAGCACGUUUUACAGGCCUAUAGAGGUUUUCCUCCUAUCCUGUCCCAAGACUGUUAUUUUCUUUUUUCAUCUCUUCUGUACCAGAGCUGCAAUCUUACUUCUCUUAUAUGCUGCCACUCACCUGCACUCCAGUGAUUUCUCAUUUCCACCUCUAUAUUAUUUGAAGUAAAUGAAUGAAUGACUGACUGGUAGUGGAUGAUAGGCUAUGAAACUCAUAUUAAAAGGCACUAUCUCAUUGAAAACAUAACCUAAAUAAAGAAUUACAAUGAUGUUUGCAA